GACCACAUAGAAACUCGAAAAGUGGACAGAAGCCAAACGAAGACGAGGCUUUGCUUCCCUCAAAAUUCUCAUGGAGGACAACACCUUCGAUCCUGAUCUGAUCCAUGCCAUUUUCAAGCUCGUCUGGACCAGAAGAGCCCUCGAGCGAGAGAAAAACGAAGGAGCCGAUGCUUUUGGCUGCGAGGUUGGAGGUGGAACAUCCAAGAAACCUAAGUCAACAUCAUCUGCUAAUGGAAAUGCGCUGAAAUUGAGUUGUGAACUUCUCCGAAUCUUUAUCACCGAGGCUGUACAGCGUGCUGCUACCAUUGCGGAAGCAGAGGGGGUCAGCAAAAUUGAAGCAACUCAUUUGGAGAGAAUUCUUCCACAGUUACUCCUGGAUUUUUGAGGCAUUUAAGGCCUGAAAUAUAUUUUGCUUGGAAUUAGGUUGAUCUGUUGCAUCGAUUGUGAUGGGGGAGAUCUGGAUUAAUGUUUUCUUGGACGGGAGGUCUGGAUUAUUGAUUUUGUGGAGCUAUAUAUCAUAACAAUGGUAUGUAGGGAUCUCCAACUUGCUGUCUUGAUGGUUUUGCUUGCUUGUGAUGUUUGAUAUCGUCAAUGGACUAGAGAAUUCUACCUGCUAUGUCCAUUAAGAACCUUGGGAGCCUUGUGCUUGCAUGGAUCUAUCCAAAACGAGUUUUAGUAACACUAUGUCUAAACCUGGUUGUGAAUGGUGAUUUUCUAAUGAUCAUAUUUUCAUUUUGGUCUCUCUUUGUAUAAUUGGAAGAAUUCUUUUCCUCCUUUUUUUAAAUUUUUUAAUUUUUUGUUUUAAUAAUUUUCUAGGUAAUCUGGUGUGUAUAAUCUUAUUAGUCACAAGGAUCUAUGUGCUCAUGAGUAUCAAUAUUAUCUCUAAAUGAUGACAUUCCACUUUUCUCU